AUGGGGGUCCCACCGGUGCUGGUGGGGGGCAGCAGUGGGGUUUGCCCUCAUCUCCGUCUCUCCCCGCCAGGCCUGUCCGGGAACCCGACCGACCUGGAGAAGAGGCGCAGCCAGAACUUCAUUCCUCCCAAAAAGGCCAAGACGUUCCUGCAGUUAGUGUGGGAGGCACUCCAGGACGUCACGCUGAUCAUCUUGGAAAUCGCAGCCAUAAUCUCCCUGGGCCUGUCCUUCUACCACCCUCCGGGCGGUGACAAUGAACUGUGCGGCCAGUCGACGGGCGGCGUGGAGGAUGAGGGCGAGUCGCAGGCUGGCUGGAUCGAGGGGGCGGCUAUCUUGUUUUCGGUGAUCAUCGUGGUGCUGGUGACCGCCUUCAAUGACUGGAGCAAGGAGAAGCAAUUCCGUGGCCUCCAGAGCCGCAUCGAGCAGGAGCAGAAGUUCACGGUCAUCCGUAAGGGGCAGGUGAUUCAGAUCCCAGUGGCCGAGAUCGUGGUCGGAGACAUCGCGCAGAUCAAGUACGGUGAUCUCUUGCCAGCCGAUGGGAUCCUGAUCCAGGGCAAUGACCUGAAAAUAGAUGAGAGCUCGCUGACCGGGGAGUCAGACCAAGUCAAGAAAUCGCUGGAUAAAGACCCCAUGCUGCUGUCAGGUACCCAUGUGAUGGAGGGCUCCGGCAGGAUGGUGGUGACUGCCGUGGGUAUCAACUCCCAGACGGGAAUCAUCUUCACUCUCUUGGGUGCGGGAGAAGGAGAUGAGGAAAAGAAGGUGAAGAAAGGUAAAAAAACCGGAGCCCCCGAAAAUCGCAACAAAG